AAAAAUCUCUAUUUCUCGCUCGCUCCUAGUAAGCAAUUAUCACACUGCCAGGUUACCUGGCGAUGUGAAGAAAGUUAUAUAACAAGAGCGUCAGACUUUGCACGUGCAUUAGGCGCCAUGUUUGUUACAUAAGGGAAGACAGCUGCACGUGCCGAUAUUUUCAACCAAUCAGAGUAAUCUAUGCAACACGACAGCAGAACUCUUGUCAUAAACAUUACUUUCCUAACAUUUUCAGCAAUAGUUAACCAUUUUUGCUUAGUCUCAGUGAGUGUGUACUUCGACUGAGAAGAUCGCCAACUCAUGAUGUCUAGUCGUUCAAGUCCAGCAGCCCCAAACCAAAGUAAGUCAUGGAUAGAUAUCUGUUAGAAAACUCUUCCUUGAUCACGUCAAUUCAGUGAGUUCAGUUACGUCAUCGUUGCAGGCAAGAUAGAACUAAGAGCUGUUUUUUGUCUUGGACUCCUCGUUGUUCGAAGGCUGAUCGUUUAAGGCCUUAUAUCAUUCUUCUUUAAAAUCAAUGGCCAUCCCUGGAACGACAUUUUAUUUGCAUUUGUUGUUACCCAAGAGAACUAAGCUACAUGUUACUUGUUUGUUUGUAGGCGAUGAUAGUGAAUCGAGUGACUCGGGUGUCGAUACGCUUUCGACAUCCACGAGAGGCAGUUUUCCUUCAGAUUAUAUGGACCUGGAUGAAUUCCUUUCUGUGCAAACUCAGAACUGUCAGGAAAAUACCCAAGCGUCAUGUGAGGAUCCACAAAAUUUGUCUCUGGUAGCUAGUACUAGUACCAGAGUUGCUGCUACCACCGUUAGUGGUCUUGUGGAACAAGUUUCUCCAGCGGUCACAGAGUUUUCGAAAGUGGCUGCCAGUGUGAACAACGUUUUGUCUUCCGUGGUCUUAUCGAAAAUGUCAUCACUUCCUUUGCAAGUGGACCCAGCCGUUUUUCAGACCCUCCGAGCAAACACUUCUCAACCAGAAGGAACAAACGCGAUUGUACAAUGGUGCCAGUCUGUUGGAGGGACAAGGCAAGAUCAUCAAGAGGCAAGUGGCCCCCAGCCUGGAAAAACUCCGGUUCGGCGACGUCGAAAUUCUAAAUACGUCUACAAUCCUUUGCCGAUCACGAAAAAGGCGGAACGGAAGUUUUACAGCCAGUCUCAAAAAGACGAAAGAUAUUGGGAACGUAGAAUAAAAAACAAUGUUGCAGCGAAGAGGUCAAGAGACUUACGUAGACAGAAAGAAAUUGAAGUCACUGAAAAGUAUAAGAAUCUCGAGAAAGAGAACGCCAAUCUGAAAGAGGAAGUGCGGAGAUUGCGAAUGAAGGCCGAUGAACUCGAAAAGAAACUUGCUUCUUUUCAAGGUUCUCACUAAGGCUUAAAGAACACGUAGAGACUGAGGGGAGGGAUGUGAGUAGUAUUUGACGCUGUCGUGACAUCAGUAUGGAUUAUGUAUACGUCAUUGCCACUCUUAGCUGGAAGUAAGGGCUUCAUUGGAAGUCUGUACCUAGCAUACAUGUAGUUGACGCUAGAAUUGUUAGGCAACCAGUGACAGAGUUGCAUUCAGAAUCUUUCUCAAAGCCAAAAACCAGUGAGGCUUCCAUAGGACUUAUAAGAGAGGAGCUCUAGAUGCUAAUUGCAUAGGAAUCAAAUGCUUAGAAUAUAAUCACAGAGCAAUCCCCAUCUACUUCACAACAUAGUUAUUCUCCCAACCACAUACAAGUGUCCUCAGAUGAGGACAAGACCCACAUUUAGAUGGUGUUACUGGCCUUACUGCGUUGUUGGAAUUAUUUCUGAUAUGACAGAAUUGGCCCCUUGCCACUGGGUGGUGAAGGGAUCAUUAAUUUCAAAAUUCCAAUUUCCUGCUUCUGAACAGGACUAUUUGUUUCAUGAGCAAGCUUCUUUAAACGCCCCAUGUACAUCGAAGAAAUUUUAUACCACCAAAGAAGUCUUAAAGCCUUAAAGACUUAGUUUGACAAGGGUUGUAGAAAUAGCAAUAUAAAGGAGUUAUUGCUAUUUCAUAUUUGUAAAUUAGUCUGAAACUUAUCUUUAUAGAUUGAGUGUGUGCAGUAGUACAUUUUAGUUUAUGCCAGUUGAUGGUGUUUAAAAAUAAAGUUCCUCUAUUCCCAGGAAUAUCUUUGCUUUUGAUUUCCUAUCAUUAGUAAAAGAUAAUUGGUGAACCAAAUGCAAAGAUCUCAUUACCACUUAUCAUCUGAUCAUCUACAUCAUGGGGGCAGAAGUAUCAAGUUACAUCCAAUCUACCUGAAUUUAUGCAAGUGACAAAUAAACUUAAAUAACUCUAAGGCUGGAACCCAA